ACGGUUUCUGCUCAGAUUGACACUUUUUAGCGGCAGAUGAGGCUGCGCUUUGGUGAUCAGGCAGAGAAAACAGACCAUCUGCAUUCCCCAUGUAUUCCAUUCUAAAUCGCUUUGAACACGCUUGAUCUGCAGUUGCUACUUGAUCAGAGGCCAUCAAUGUUGGACAGUUCAGAACUGUUCGAUGUUGAGCUCGGGGCUAUGGCAAUGUCAGUUUUUUGAACAUCCAUGAAACUUGAAGCCAGCGAAGUUGUAUCAGACAGCACAGCGAAGGGAUUUGUGCUAAAAAUAGCGCUGCAAAAAGUCACGAUCAACCAAUCAUUUGAACCGUUUGAACAAUUCCGUGAACACCAUCAAUGAUGUCCAUUGAUUUUUUUCAGAAAGACUGAUGGAAAAGAAAAGUAUGGAGGCUCAA